UCUGCUCACCUCAAUCGCCCUGUUUCUCUGCCUUGUUGGACACACCAGGGCCUUGUUGUCUACUGUCUGUCUCGGGUCCGCUGGAGUGAUGGUGUCCGACGGCGAAAUGAAGUAUACCUCUGUUUAUUUGCUACGCACAAGAGCCAGCCUUCAAGAGGAAGAAGAGGGAGGGUUCUAUGCUCGAGACGAUUUCAGUCUUUUUUGUCAUUGUUUUCUUUUUGUUCAUUGCUCACUGCAUGGCCGAUAUUCUAGGGAGCAUAAGAGGGGUUUGUUGGUCGUUCUGGUCUGCUGCUGCGUCGUCAAAGGUCCUUUUGCUCUUUGGAUUACUGUCUAAGGUACCUUGCACUGUAUUUCAAGGACUCGGAGUGCUGUCACGGUAAUGGAGCAGAUAUCGCAGUUGCUACAUAAUAUCCACAUAUCCUGCUAACGGUCUCCUUCGAUCAUAUGAGACAAG